UUUAAAUAAUAAUUGGCACGCCAUAGUUUCAUCAUUAAUUAUUUUUUUUUUGGAAAAGCCAUUUUAUACAAAUAAAAUAAAAAUUAAAUAUUUUGGAGAAUGCUUAUCAGUUUGCAAUUUAAACUUUCUUAAUUUUAAACAGUGGCAUAUGCAUGAAAUAAAACAACAAUGGCAAAAGACGCUUUGGAACAAUUUUGUGAUCUUGAACAAUCAUUACCGAAAACAACUAUAUGCAAACGAAAUAUUCAAAAUGGGUAUAUUACAGUAACAUCCCCUAGGAAAAGCAACGAUUUUUCCGGAAUUAGGAAAAUUGAUAAUAAUACUCCAAUUGUUAUAGACGAUGACGAUGACGAAGUUGAAGAAAAAUCAGAUAUGAUUAACCAUAGCGUAGAGGAGAAUGGAUUUCCAGGUUUUUCACAGACCGGCAAUUUGUCAAAUGGGGCUUUUCAAUUGGCUGUACUGAGAGAAGUUGAAUUUAAUAUAAACGAUGUAGAUAAAGCUAAUGCCAACAAAGUGUCUGGAGUAGUAACAACAGAAAUUAAAAGAAGUCGUGGUAGACCCAAAGGAUACAUAAUGAAAAAAAAAGAAACUCCUCCAGAAACAAAUACUAAGUCUAAUACAGAAAGUGAUGAUGGUUCAGAAAAAAAAAAUUUUAGUUUGAGAUUAGGAUUUCUUGGCCCAUAUCAAAAACAUAAAACGAAAACUAAAAGAGAUAAACCAUCAGGUUAUUCGACAGAAGAUAGUUCUCCUGCUUCAAAAAGAAAAUGUGGCCGACCUAUGACUAUUAAUGUAGACAAUGAAAAUGAAGAAAAUUCACAGAGUAAUAACCCAGCAAUGGAAUCAAUUUCAGUGCAAAGUAGUUCAAAUGGAAACUCUCCUAUUGAUAAUAAAAUUAAUGAAAUUCACGCACCUGAAAAAGACGAUACCAAAUCCGAUGUAAAGAAUGAAGAUAAAAUAAAGAUAAAAGAAAAUGAAUCUGUAAAUUCAUCACAAGUUAGCGAAAAAAUUAUUAAUGUAAAACCUAUUACCUUAGAACCUAGAAGAAGAAUGGGCCGCCCCAAAGGUCCUCCAAAGCCACCAAAAAUUAGAGGAAAACCAGGUCGUAAACCUAACCCUAACAAACCACCAAAAAUCAAAAGUGUAAGAAAUGUAGAACUCAAAACUGAAACAAAAGUAGAACUCAAAACUGAAACAAAAGUAGAACUCAAAACUGAAACAAAUGUGGAAAUGAAAACUGAAACAGAUUCAGGAAUCAAAACUGAAAGAAAUGUAGAAAAUCAUAAACCAAAAGGUCUUAAAAUUCCUGGUAGACGUGGACGUCCAAAACUAUAUCCAGAUAGACCCCCAAAAAUAAAAGUACCUGGUAGAAAAGUUGGUCGACCACCAGGACCACCAAAACCUUUUAAACCCAGAGGCCCCAGAGGUCGUCCAAGAUUAAUAAAAGUUAAUACAUCAGACCGACCAUAUAUAAAAUAUGAGAAUGAGAGUCCUAUUACACAAAUAGAAAAUAAUCAUACUAUUGAAGCUAAAUUGGAAAACGGUUUAACAUCGGACAUAUUACCAACAAAAAAAAGAGGUCGUCCAAUCGGAUAUUCACCAAUAGGUAAAACAAAAAAACGUCUUGGUCGUCCACCUGUAAAAUCCAGAUAUAAAUUGAAAAGAGAUAAAGCAUUGGGUAUACGUGGUGGACGUGGAAUUGGAAAAAGAAGAGGUAGACCAAGAAAAUAUCCAAUUAAAACAGAUGAAAAUUAUGAAAUGAACAAUGAAACAAAUUAUGAACUAACAAUAAAAAACGAUAUAAAUAAUAAGCCUGAUGACGAUGAUGAUGAUGAAUGUAGUGAUAUAAGUGUUACCGAUAAGAAUUGGGAAACUGUACUUGAAGAUUCACAAAAUGAUUCCGAAACUAAUUUAAUAAUAAAAGAUGAUAAUAAUGAUAGUAAUGAUGGCAGCGAUGACAAUGAUAAUAGUAGUAAUGAAGAUGAUGAUAAAGAAAGUGAAAAUAAUACUGUUGGUAAUGAUUGAUAAAUACUAUUAUUAAAGGCGUUUAAAAUUGAGUAUAGUAAUUUAUUUUAUUUUAUACUUAAUAUUUAAAAUAAAAAUUAAAAAAUAUUUUCCUUUUUAAUAAAUAUGGCGUUAUACUUUCAAGAUUUAGGAAAGAAAUAAAUAAUUGUAUUUUUUAAGAUAGAAAGACAAAAAACAAAAAAUUUUCUUCAAUUACUUAGUGAAAAACAAGAAAAAUUAAUUUUACUUUUUUUUUGUUUUAAUAUGUUUUUUU